CCUUGCAGAAAUAAGAGCCCCACCUAGGAUUCUUUACAUAAGGCUCCAUAAACAAUAUCAUUUACGGCACAGUUUAAGCUAACCAAGCCUGACCUGAAGUUCAGAGUCACCAGCUCAGCACCCAUGUGGAAGGAAACUGUCUUAUCUUUGUAAAUGUGAGGGAGAGGCCUGAUUUUGAAGGCUAGAGGAUUGGACAGGCUGAGCAAGUGAUUGUUUCAUUUCCAUAAAGCAGAGAUGUCAGCUUAUUUAUAGGAAUCACCCAAAGCCAGAGUCAUGGUGGAUGUAGGAAAGUGGCCAAUCUUCACUCUCCUCUCACCCCAGGAAACUGCAUCGAUCAGGAAAGCAUGUGUCUUUGGUACUUCUGCCAACGAGGCGAUCUAUGUCACUGACAAAGAUGAGGUCUUCGUGUUUGGACUGAACUAUAGUAACUGUCUAGGAACUGGAGACAACCAGAGCACUCUGGUGCCCAAGAGACUAGAAGCCUUGUGUGGAAAAAAGAUCAAAAGCCUUAGUUAUGGGAGUGGCCCCCAUGUCCUGCUCAGCACUGAAGAUGGAGUUGUCUACGCCUGGGGCCAUAAUGGAUACAGCCAGCUGGGGAAUGGUACCACCAAUCAAGGCAUUGCUCCUGUCCAAGUCUGUACUAACCUCCUGAUCAAGCAGGUGGUUGAGGUAGCUUGUGGUUCACAUCAUUCAAUGGCUUUAGCAGCUGACGGAGAGGUAUUUGCGUGGGGCUAUAACAACUGUGGUCAGGUGGGAUCAGGAUCCACAGCAAACCAGCCAACUCCUCGGAAAGUUACAAAUUGUUUACAUACUAAGAGAGUGGUCAGCAUUGCCUGUGGUCAGACCUCAUCCAUGGCUGUUCUGGAUAGUGGUGAGGUGUAUGGCUGGGGCUAUAAUGGCAAUGGACAGCUGGGCUUGGGAAACAAUGGCAACCAGUUGACCCCAGUGAGGGUGGCAGCCCUGCACAACGUGUGUGUGAACCAGAUUGUCUGUGGGUAUGCACAUACUCUAGCACUAACAGAUGAGGGCUUGCUCUAUGCCUGGGGAGCCAACACAUAUGGGCAGCUGGGAAACGGCAGUAAAAAUAAUCUGCUAAGUCCAGCACACAUCAUGGUGGAAAAAGAAAGAGUUGUAGAGAUUGCAGCCUGUCACUCCACCCACACAUCUGCUGCUAAGACCCAGGGUGGGCAUGUGUACAUGUGGGGCCAGUGCCGGGGCCAGUCAGUGACCCUUCCCCACCUCACCCACUUCUCCUGCACCGAUGAUGUGUUCGCCUGCUUUGCCACCCCUGCUGUCUCGUGGCACCUCCUGUCUGUGGAGCAUGAAGACUUUUCAACAGUUGCAGAUUCACUGAAGAAAGAAUUUGAUAGUCCAGAAACUGCUGAUCUGAAGUUUCGAAUUGAUGGGAAAUAUAUUCAUGUCCAUAAAGCUGUUUUGAAAAUCAGGUGUGAGCACUUCCGAUCCAUGUUCCAGUCCUAUUGGAAUGAGGACAUGAAGGAGGUGAUAGAGAUAGACCAGUUUUCUUACCCUGUGUACCGUGCCUUUCUCCAGUACCUCUACACAGACACAGUUGAUCUGCCACCUGAAGAUGCCAUAGGUCUUCUGGACUUGGCGACGUCAUACUGUGAAAACAGACUGAAGAGGCUCUGUCAGCACAUCAUCAAGCGAGGCAUCACUGUGGAGAACGCAUUUUCUUUAUUCUCUGCUGCAGUCAGAUAUGACGCAGAGGAUUUAGAAGAAUUCUGCUUUAAGUUUUGCAUCAAUCAUUUGACAGAAGUUACACAGACUGCGGCAUUUUGGCAAAUGGAUGGCCCCCUGCUAAAGGAGUUCAUUGCUAAAGCCAGUAAAUGUGGAGCCUUUAAGAACUGAAACCCAAGGCUGCUGGGCUGGGUGUGAGUGGGUGAUGUGAGACUGCAGGUAAAACCCGCCAGGUCGCUUUUGUCACAUCAGAGUCAGUAGGAGUAUAUGAAGGAUGCUUUUCAUGAGCCUGUUUUUCACAGCUCUUCUUUCUGGAUACGUGGACUUGAAAUGUGAUUUUCUUACAUUUUGCUGAACACUCUGAAAGGAUGAAAGUUUAGUUGCUUUUGAUUUUUUAAUUUUGAUGAGAGGAUCUUAUGAACGGGGAUUAAGGAAGCUGGUGAGAUGUUCCUGGACCUUUGGCGACAAGCCUAUUCACACUGCAUGUGGAGGACAAGCCCCGCCAUUGCUCCUGAGUGCUGCUCGCUGCCACCACCUUCCUGUGGGGCACCAGACUGUGGGAAGCUCUCAAGAAAUACUGUCGAAUAUGCAUCAACUCCACGUAAACAGUCAAGAAAUGUUGAGGUUUGCCGAGAUUCUCUUGAGAUGUGGGCACCUCAGGCUGGAAAGAUGGCUCAGCGGGUAAAGGCUGUAAUCACUAAGCCCGAUGACUUAAGUCCCCAGGACCCUCAUGCUGGAGAGAGCAAACUUUAAAAGUUGUCCUCUGAUGUGACUACACAUAUGCACACAAUAAAAAAGUGUAAUAAAAAAUAAAAGAUUUAGGUACCGAAAGAGUAAUGGCUAGAACUACUGUGAGACACGAUAAAAGAAGAUGCUUUGUUUGAUAAAGGAGAGUGGUUUAGAACUCCUAAUUCUCGACUUAGCCUGACACACUCACUCCCAGCAGUGUUUCAUUAGGUUGCAUUUGAGAGUGCAGUACACACUACCCCUCAGCCUCACCCUGUAACCACACAUUCUCUAUAUCUGAUCUUUUGUGACUUGAUGUGACUGUUAAAACCACCUUUCUUACAGGACUCAGAAUGGUCACUUUGUGCCGGGGAGUCUGGGCCACAUUCCAUCACAAAUUUAUUUGAAACUUCACCUUCCAGGUGUUUUGGUUUUUUUUUUCUUGCUUUACUUGUGUUAGGAGUACUUUUUGGCUUAUUUUAGCCUUGCAAAAGGGUUCCUGAAGUUAUAGUUUUCCUAAAAAGACUGUCAUCUGGCUAUGAAUGUUACUGGGGUGUAGAAUGUUGUUGUCCCAGCCUUGCCCAUUAAGCUUGCUUUCAGAAUGAGCCAUUGUCUGUUUGCUCUCUGCUCCAUGAACUCCUUUACAUGUAUGUGUGUUCCCUUCGUGUGUUCUGUUUCCUGCUUACAGAGGACCGUCUGGCCUUAGCCUGCGUUCAGAGCCACAUUAACGGGGAGGGAGCGCAGCAGGCGCUGUGCAGCUUUCAGAUGAUGUGUUGGGGUGGAGUGCUGAGGGAGGCACCAGAGGCAGGAGUUGUUGACAGGCCAGACAGAUGCCAACCCAGAACCCAGUCCCCUUCUCUUGGUCGUGUCACAGGUGUAUUGGUCAGUCAGAAUUGGCUCUUCAGUGAGAGUUUUCUUCCUAGGACGAUGAGUGCAUAUUGAUACCGUUUGCUGGAAUAGGCCAUCUGGAUAACCACAGUUCUCUAGACUUAGAGUCCCAAGGUGGUAACAUUGAUAUGUUUACUAUUAUUCUUACUUGAAAAACCUCUCCACAGAAAAGCACAAACUACAGCUGUAAAUCCAUAUCCAUAGAUAAUUCACCUGGCAAGAACCUACUGAGUUCUGACAGCUGUAGACACACUUCUCAGCUCACUGGGGGCUUGAGUGUGUAUGGCAGUGAAAGAACAAGUCCUUUCAGAAAGGUUGGAGGAUUUUUUUUAAUGCAAUCUUUUUAUUUUUCUAUUUGGUUUUGUUUUUAAUCAUCAUAGAAAACAAAAAUUAUUCUUGAAACUGUUCUCUUCUGAUGCAAUAAUGGAAGCCAGAGAAGUCACAAUUUCUUAAAAUAGCCUAAACUGUAUCCUUGAACUUACUGGAACAAUGUUUGAUACUUGAGUAUUUAGGAUGCAUUUGUGUAAUUUCUUGAAUGACAUAAUAAACAAUCUCUUAAGGCA